AUGCUAUGUAACAGGUCCCCACAGUGCUGGAUCUCCAGGGAGCGGCAGCGUAGAGACAUGGAGGCGGCUCGCAGUCCCAAAUUGCAACUCAUCGUUAAUUCCCUCAACAGUCGCACUCAGAGCAGGGCCAUCAUUGCAAGCUGCUGUUGGGGACUUCUCCCUGUCCAGGCUGCUCACUGUCAGAAUGGGCAAGCCAUCGCUAGCUCGCUCCACAUUUGCGCUACGGGUGUCCAGACUGGUUUUGAUGGCAGGAGAAGAAAUGCCUUCACUAACUUAGCUGUUCUCUUUGCAACUGAGUCACGCCCCCGUUUGGAGAGGAGCUGCAGGCAGCAGUUGUGUGAGACCGAGACCAAGAGGGCAUGCUGUGAGAGUCUGGGCCAAUUCAGGGCUGAGGCUACAGAAGAGAGAUGUAACAGCUUCAUUGACUUUUUCAGAGCCGAGGUCAACAACAUCCGUUCUCUGAUGUCCGGUUCUUCCGCUCAACCUCCUCCUGGCAUUGACCCUCUGUCUGGGAGCUCGCCAUCUCUACUCCAUUUUACUGGCAUCAAGCAGGGCCACAUUGAGGAAAUUGUCAAGUGCCUUCACACUGCCAUUGGACUGUCAGACUCUGCACUUAAGUCCUAUUGGAAAGACACAGUCAAGAGGUUAUUCAGAGGUGCCAGCAAACACAAGGUGACGGCCACAGAGAAACAAAGGGUGAAGAACAGAACAAUGCCAAUGGGUCAUCAUGAGCACUGCAACAAGUGUUACAGCGUCCACUGUAAAGUCCCAGUUCAGAUUUCAAUCUCAUGCAUGGUCAUCAAGUGUCGUAAAAAUUGUGGCGCUGUCCUGCAUAUGUGCAAGGAAGAGGAGCACGAGCUUCUCUGUCCCAAUGAGACAGUCCCCUGCCUUAACACUGACUAUGGCUGUCCUCUCACCAUGCUGCGUCACAGGCUGGCCAAACACCUGGAGGUCUGUCCUGCUAGCGUGGUCAGCUGCUCUCAGGAGUGGAACCGCUGGCCUGUUUCAGAAACUGAUUUGGCUUUCUACAGAAAUAUUUCAGAAAACCAGCAAACUGAGCUACACCUCGAUGUUGCAAUGGCUCUCAGAGACCAAGAGCUGCUAUUUCAAUCCAUCAAAAUGAAGGAUAUAUUUCCUGAGUGGAUGGUGCAGGAUCCUGCCCCUCAGGAUAUUGCUGCUGAGGUCAAUGGUCCAGCAGGCGAAGCAGCCUGUUCUUUAGAUUGUGGUGAAUUUACAGAAAAUGGCUUUACAAGCAUGGAGGAAAAUGAACUGAGUCAAGAGGAGAGGGAUGCUUUGGCUAAAAGCGCAGACUUAGAGAGUAUUCAGAACUUCAGCACUUGGGACAGCAUAUUCAAGAAGGAGAUGGGUGGAUGCACGCAAACUGUCAAAAAAUUGAAUAAAAAGGAAGAAAAAGGAAAACGAAAGGAAGAGCAAGAAUCAUCAAACUGUCAGAGAGAGUCAAGAGACUACCACCAUGUCCAAGAAAAUGCAGCUUCAAGCAUGAAUGGUGAAACUGGCCUUGCACCAUGGCAAGAUGGAGCCCUUGAAAGGGCGAGUAAAGAGCUCAACAUUUCUGAUUAUAACAUGUAUCUGGUGCACAAUGGAGCGAUGCUGAUUAACUUUGGCCAACUUGCUGCUUGCACUCCGAGGGAAAAGGAUUUUGUGUAUGGGAAUCUGGAGCCCAUAGAAGUCAAAACGGUUCGCUCUUUUAAUGUUCCUACUAGCUAUCGAGCAAAGCGCACUUAUCUGAAGGACCCUACAACCAAAGCCAAGACCAAACACCAAAGUGUUGACACUGCAGAUUUGGGCAUGUCAGUUGAGGAUCUUCCAAAGUUUGACGAGGUUAGUGCCACACUGCUGUGCUGUCUCGAAAAGGAAAUGAAAGGUCAUUUAAUCUCAGAGAGCACAGGGACAGAUGGUCUUUAUGUAGAUAUAGGAACACAAACAUACAACUUUGAUUCUGCUCCUUUCAAAACGGAUGUGUCGCUUUCAAAUGUCAUCGCAGGCAAACCUUGUGGUCUUCAUGUACAUAUUGAAGCAGAAUCUGUAACCAGAAGACACAACAAAUCAAGUUCUGCCUUCAGCUACAUGUGUGGCCACUUCUUUCGCCGUGAUGAAUACCGCUCUCAUUUCAGGAAUGUGCACUCGGACAUACAGGCCUGUCUAAACGGCUGGUUUCAACAACGCUGCCCCUUAGCAUACCUUGGCUGCACUUUCACCCAGACAAGGUUUCACCCUGCAGGUCACCAAGCUACAGUCAAAUACUGCCAAGAUGUCAGCACCUUUGUCAUCCAGCCAGACGUCCCUUCAUCCCUCUCUGAAGGCAGGACAACAUUCAGCCCUCAGAGAAAUCAUGCACGUAAUCUGGAUCCCCUGAGUAGUCUGCCCCUAGAGAUCCUUCAGCACAUUGCGGGUUACCUUGACAGUUUCACAUUAUCCCAGCUGUCCCAGGUUUCCCAUCUGAUGAGAGAGGUGUGUGCCACAUUGUUGCAGGAGAGAGGGAUGGUAUCUCUCAAGUGGGAGAAAAAGACAUAUUCCCAUGGGGGAAGCUCCUGGAAAUGUAGAAAGAAAGUUUGGGAGUUCAGCUCUUUGUUUUCCUCUGUGGACAGAUGGAGUUUCAGCAACAUAUCCACCUUGUCAGAUCACCUGAAAACCUGCUCCUUCUACCAGAGAGAGGAGCGCACUGAGCCAGUGGCUUUAGCCGGCUUGGGAGAGGUCAGAGACAAAGGGGAGACGUAAAGCAUGCAAGAUAAUGCUCAUGGUCCCAGAUCUCAGUGGGUUGACCACAACAAGAGCUAUACGAGCUAUGCCAUGUUAAGAAUCACUGAAACGAGAUAUGUAUUCACCCACGAAACUGAAUAGUGGAUAAAGCCUUUUCAUGCACAGCUACUGUGUAGAAAAAGAAGGGAAGUCAGAGCUGAUAUGUGUUGAAGCCCUGCAGACAGACACCAUAAUGAUCCAAUGUAAAGGAUUCACUUUGGCAUAAACUGCAAUUUCUGAAGACACUUCUGUGAUUUAAUAAUUUUCUGUUUUCUUUUAAUAUCUCCACAAAUAAUUUUGUCUGUAAGUUGGCACAAUGUUGCAACAUGUAUUUAUUUACGCUGUGUAUUGAGAGAAAAUCAAAUUUAAAUAAUCCCUCUCAUUAAUUUAUAGAUAUGUUUGAUAAGGGUGCUCAUAUUCUGUAAUAUGAGAUAUUUUGACCUAAAUUUAACUUUAUUUAGCAUAUUAUGAACAUUCUUGUUUCUGUCGUUUCAUGUCAGGUUUUGUUCUUUAGGUGAAAUUCAACAAAAUAUUCAAAUAAAGAAAUAAGGGCAGCAGAUGUUAACUAUUUUUCAACAUGACAAGACUGACAUCUACUGGAGAAAAGCUGAAACACCUCAUCUGUUUGCAAUGGUGUCACAUUACACACAGUAAAACACGUUUGGGAUUUGAAUUCUGAAUAUGAUAUUAUUUUCUAUUUGAGACAUUUGAUCAAAUACAGCACUGCAUGCACUGCGAUGAGAACACUGAUGACUUUG